AUGACUGCUGGACCACUUAUUCAUAUUGACAGGCCAAGGUAAAAAAUAUUUUUGUCAUUUUUUGAGCAGUUUCUUCUAUUUCUUACAGUACUAAUUUUAAGUAAGAUGCUAGGUCAUAGAAGGUUUUUUUAUGUAAAUAUUAACUUUAUUGAAAAAUAUCUUGUCUUACAUGGCUACUUAAAAAGUCAUUUCGCUGUUUUACACUAAAAUAUAAGUGAAUUAAGGACAAUAAUUCUUUUGACAUCCUAGCUUUAUGAAGUAAGUUUUUUGUAUGUACUAUUGAUUUUACUUACUCUUUGAAAUUUUUUUGGUUUAAAACAUGACUUUGAAACUUUUUUUCAUUUUUCUGUGGCAUUUCAUAAAUUUAUAGUUCAGCUUCCUUGUCAAGACUUUUUGACAGGAAAAAGUGUUUUAUGUAGGUGGGAUUUUUCUUAUAAUGAUUAGACUAUCGUGAUUAAUGACAUUUUUGAGAAACAUUUCUUGAGUUUAGAACGGCCGUUUGUCUUUUUAUAAAAACGUAGUCUUGGUUAUGAUAUAUGUGUAGUUUUUACUAAUUCUUUUUUAGUUUAGUCUACGUUUCUAUCUGUAUCAUUGUUUUGACAUUUUUUCAUAUUUUAAGUUUAUCGGUUAUACUUUUUUCUAUUACAUAUUAUCUAUAAUUGAAUACAAAUAUGGUCUUUAAACUUCAAACUUAAGCUUAUAAAUUUAGCCCGGUUGUAAUCAGUAGAAAAGUUACUGUUCAUCCCACUGUUAGUGUUACCGGUUUUCGUCGACGUCGCUUUUACAUAAACAAAUCUUGCUCAACAUACCGCGAAUCUUUCACGAUAAGAAUGUCCGGCACUGAAGAGAUUCACGAACAGCCAAAGGUUGAAGAAAUCACUCCAGAAGACCCACCUAAACCAGACCUGAGCGAAGGUAAGACUUAUUUUAUGGCAAAGUACGCUUUAACACUAACAGCUCAUAAUCAUGUUUUCAAGUGAUUAUGAGCUGGUUUUUUUCAGUUCCUUAAGAACUUAGUUAUACUGUACGAUUUGGGAAAAUAGGUAGUAAGAAAAUAAGUAACAUAUGAAUGCAUGGUAAUAGAAAAUCUUAAAUAUAGUUUCUAAACCGCGUCGUCGUAUAAAAUUCGUUCCUGUUGUGAGUCCGCGAAGUAUAUUUACUUAUUCUAUUCAAAUUCAGAAUGGUGUGCAAAAAGGUAAAUUUAAUGCUAAUAUACAUUGCGUAUUUUUUUAAAACACGUUUUUUGUAAAGCUCGAGCCAGGGCCAAUUGCACUGGCGACGUCAAAUUUCAAACAUUUUUUAAAAAUCUGAAAUUUUUAUCAUGAAGGUUUUAGACAAUGCUGAGUACAAAAAUACAACUUUUUUUAUUUUUGGUUAUUGUAUUGUGGAGUACUGUAAGGUUACGGUAGAAUUUAUAUCUCCAUAACGAAUAGUCGUAGAGACAUGGCGUCUUCACUAUCGUGUAGUACGACCACAAUACAGUAUUUCUUAUGUUAGAAUCAAAGUUCCAUGUAUAAGUUUACCAUGGUAAAAAUUCGUAUCUUGUGUUGUAAUUACAGUAACCCACAAAUAAUAAAAAAACGGUUUGAGAUACCUCUCUUCUUUAUUUUAAAUUAUUACUCUACAUGUUAUUGCGGUUCGAAUGAUAAAUAAUUCAAAAAAAUUUUUUGACACAUCUGGGGUCAAAGGUCAAGUUGAAGUUGGUCGACCCUAUAUGUAUUUUGAAAAAAAAAUUUAAAACUAAGUAAAAACUAACUGGUGAAAGGCACACCAGCAAAAAAAAACGGCUGCCCAUACCUAUGGGCGCGUUUUUUUCAAGUCCAUCCCUGACCUUUUCACUCCUACCUGACCCUACUCCUGACCUUCUUGGCCCUAUCCGACCCUACCCCUGGUCUUUUUGGCCCUACCUGACCAUACCCUUGAUCUUUUUGGCCCUACCUGACCAUACCCUUGAUCUUUUUGGCCCUACCCGACCCUACCCUUCACUUUUUUGGCCUUACCUGAUGCUACCCCUGACCCUUUUAGCCCUACCCAACUUCACCCCUGACUCUAUUAGCCUUACCCAAACCUGACUCCGCCUUUUUUAGCCUGCCCAAUAUUCAAUACCGUACUCUAUCCUACUUAUUAUGCUAUACCAUAUCAUAUUAUAUCUUAUGUUCUUUACUAUUCUCUACCUUACCUACCAUAUCAUACUCUAUACUACAUAAUAUAUCGUACCCAUCCUAUGUGAUAUACCAUACUCUACCAUACCGUAUUAUAUUAUAUCUAUUAUACCAUAUGCUCCCUACUAUACCAUAACUUACCUACCUACUAUACCAUGCCAUACCAUAUUCUACCUACCACUUCAUACCAUACUAUAUCAUACCAUACUAUACCCUAUACUCAGGGCCGGGCGGGGACUUUUGGUCUGGGGGCAGGGGUCCAAAAAAUCGGCACAUGUAUUAAUAGCUAGCUACCUGUGCCGAUUUUUUGCAACAUUUUUUUUCCGAAAAUCCACAGGGGGACCACGUUCAACUUUUUUCAAAAAAAAUUUUUUUUGGGGGGGUACUCUCCCCCCCCUCGCGCCCGGCCCUGCCUAUACUACCUACCAUUCCGCACCAUACUAUAUCAUACCAUGACAUAUCAUACCCUAUCUUACCUACAAUACUAUUCUAUAUUAGUUUAUUAAACCACAUAUCUUGCCUUACUUACCCAACAUGAACUUUUACCAAUGGAUAAAUAUUAUAGUAUACUAUAAUCAGUGGUAGAGUCAGGUAAGGCCAAAAAGGUAAAGGGUAGGGUCGGGUGGGGCCAAAAAGGUCAAGGGUGGACUUGAAAAAAAAUCGCCCAUAGGUAUGGGCAGCCGUUUUUUUUGCUGGUGUGCCUUUCACCAGUUAGUUUUUACUUAGUUUUGAAUUUUUUUUUCAAAAUACAUAUAGGGUCGACCAACUUCAACUUGACCUUUGACCCCAGAUGUGUCAAAAAAUUUUUUUGAAUUAUAUAUCAUUCGAACCGCAAUAACAUGUAGAGUAAUAAUUUAAAAUAAAAAAGAGAGGUAUCUCAAACCGUUUUUUUAUUAUUUGUGGGUUACUGUAAUCACGACACAAGAUACGUACUUUUACUACGGUAAGUGACAAAGUAAACUUAAAGUAAUAAUAAAAAAUGCGUUUUAGUAACUCUACUACUUCACCAGUUAGUUUUUACUUAGUUUUAAAUUUUUUUUUCAAAAUACAUAUAGGGUCGACCAACUUCAACUUGACCUUUGACCCCAGAUGUGUCAAAAAAUUUUUUUGAAUUAUAUAUCAUUCGAACCGCAAUAACAUGUAGAGUAAUAAUUUAAAAUAAAGAAGAGAGGUAUCUCAAACCGUUUUUUUAUUAUUUGUGGGUUACUGUAAUUACAACACAAGAUACGAAUUUUUACCAUGGUAAACUUAUACAUGGAACUUUGAUCCUAACAUAAGAAAUACUGUAUUGUGGUCGUACUACACGAUAGUGAAGACGCCAUGUCUCUACAACUAUUCGUUAUGGAGAUAUAAAUUCUACCGUAACCUUACAGUACUCCACAAUACAAUAACCAAAAAUAAAAAAGUUGUAUUUUUGUACUCAGCAUUGUCUAAAACCUUCAUGAUAAAAAUUUCAGAUUUUUAAAAAAUGUUUGAAAUUUGACGUCGCCAGUGGGAUCACGAUUUAUAAAAAACGUGUUUUAAAUGGUUUAGUAGUUGAUGUUAAUUUACUUUUAAAUAAAACAUAAGUUGAUGUUAUUGUUUUACAUAUAAUUGAGCUUUUGACUUCACCUUGUGAACCUUGAGUAUGUAAUUUGAGCUUUUCAAGGUGCCAAACAUCAGUUGGCGUGUCAAAUUUUUUUAUUUUCAAUUAGGUUGAACUUAAAAUAUUAGAAACGUAUGGUUAUAGCAUGUAGCUUGAAGUUGUUUUUAAAUAUUUUAUCAAUGUGAGUACCCUAGGUUGUACUACAUAGCCUCAAAACUUGAAGAAAAAGCAAUUUUAAAAAGCAAACAAAAAUUAAUAAUAAAUUUUGAAAUGAAAUUUAAUCAAUGUCUUGUAGAAUCCGAGCCAUUACUGCCAAACAAAACUGAUUCCCACGAAUCGUCAGAGACUGAAAACGACAUUGUUCAUGUUGACGAUCAAGCCGAAACAGUUGACUCCCAGCCAAAAACAACUGAAGUAGUUGAUCUUAAAUUCGAAAACAUUGAGCCAGCUGCCGACCAGUCGGAGGCUACGUUAAAGGUACUAAAUUUUGCUUUAUAUUACACUUACGAAUCCCAAACAUGAAAAACUUACUUACUAAUAUUAUUCAAACAGUCAUAAUUUUUCGUUUAAAAAUUUAAUCAUGUAAACAUACUUAUCGAAUUUUACGUUACAGUCGCCAGUCUUGGCUCCCACAACUCGUCGUGAUUUCAAAGAAACCGACUAUGACACUAUUGAGCCUGCUAUUCAGGUGGACGACACUACUAUGCUCACUGAAAAAGACAAGGCAUUUUACACCAAGAGAGCAUUGUUCAUCGGCGCAGUGGGUAGCGCCGUUGUUGGAGCUUUAAUUUACUUGAAAUUACAUUAA